UCGCAACUGUGUGAUUGAGGAGGAUUAGGGCAUGAAAUUACGCACCACCAUCAAAGCGGCCUUCACCGAUCGUCAUCGUUAAGUUUUUUCUAAGGUAAUGCUCACUUCUUUUUUAGGGUUUCAAUCCUACUGUGGUUUUCCAACGAAAUUUCACUUCUCUGAGAGAUAUUCGAUUUUUUCUUUUUUGCAUUUAAGCCAUCUUGUUACUGUGCGAUGGAAUAUGAAGUUAUGGUCGUCUUCAAUAAAAGUAUGACCCUAAUGUUAUAUGUGCAAUGAAUUUAAGAUUUUGCUUAUGACAUAAUUUGCUGCUAAUGUCUGUAAAUGAUUGAAUUUGGAAGAAUGAAAUGAGUGGCUGAUUUUGUUCUAGGAAGACUACUGGAAUGGAGCUAAGCUACUUCCUUAUCAUGUAGAUCAGUUGUGAGUUUCAGGUCCUAUAUGUUGAUUAUAAACAGGUGGGGUGCGGUGUUUUGGAGAGGACUGAUGCUAUUAAGCUGCAGAUUAUAAUUAGUAAGCCGUUGAUGGAUUAAUACUCUUUUAGGAGGUUAACUGCCAGCCGGUUCACAAGUACUUGUAUUCUGCAGCUAAGUACCAAUGCUUGGAGGGCAGCUGGUGAUGGUACACCUGCAAGAUCUAUUACAUAGACCAAGACAUUUAAAUCGUUCUUGGUCAUUUUAAGUGCACUCUUAGAACACGUGGCACAAUAGGCAGCUUCACUCCUUGCCGUGCAAGUACCACUUGCAUUUCCUUUUCUUUUAUGAACCGAUUUGGUCGUACGCUCUUUGGCCUUUGCUACAUGUCAUAGAACGACUAUGCAGUGAAGAUCUUGAUUUCAGGCACCAAAGACCACUAUAUCUAGUUGUCCAAAUGUCUCUGUGGAUGGGCUGCCUUGAGCUCUUAACAUGCGGAUACUUUCCUACCAAACUGCCUUCUGAGUUUACCCUUCUCUUGCCCAUUGUCCAGGAUAUAUGUAAUCUCUUGUAGCAUCAUCACAAGCUUUGAUUCCAAGUACAGAAAUAGUAGUACGUCUUCUCACAUGGUUAAGGCUGGUAUAGAUAUUAGUAAGCUUAAAGUUGUGGGAUCUAUUCAUUUAGUCCAGGUCAACUGUGAAUCACAAUGGGAAGUAAAGGUAGACUUCCUCCUCAUCAUUUAAGGCGUCCUCUUCCUGGCCCUGGCAUUGGACAUCAUGAUUCAAUUCCACCAGAAAUGCACCCUCAACAUGGUGGCUUUCCUCCAUUUGAUAUGAUGCCACAUCCAGAAGUCAUGGAACAGAAACUUGCUGCACAGCAUGUGGAGAUGCAGAAACUUGCAACAGAAAACCAGAGAUUUGCUGCUACUCAUGGAACCUUGAGGCAAGACCUUGCUUCCAUACAACAUGAGCUGCAAAUGUUACAUAAUCAUGUUGGAGCUGUAAAGUCAGAGAGAGAACAGCAAAUAAUGGGCCUGUUGGAUAAUAUUGGGAAGAUGGAAUCGGGCCUCCAAGGUGCAGAGCCACUUAAGUUGGAACUGCAUCAAGCAAGAGCAAAUGCACAGAGCUUGCUUUCAGCUAGGGAGGAACUUGUUUCAAAAGUACAGCAACUGACAGAAGAUCAUCAGAGGGCUCAUAUGGAUUUGCAGCAGGUUCCUGCUCUAAUGUCGGAACUUGAGGGCCUUAGACAAGAGUAUCAGCAUUGUAGGACAACUUACGAAUAUGAGAAGAAAUUAUACAACGAUCAUCUUGAAUCUCUUCAGGUGAUGGAAAAGAACUACAUGACCAUGGCAAGUGWGGUGGAAAAGCUUCGAGCAGAAUUGAAGAAACAUGCUGAAAUUGACAGGAGGACUGCUGGACCUUAUGCUGGCUUUGCUGGGUACAGUGACAAAGAAGCUUCUGGCCAUUAUCCCGUUGGGCAGAACACUUAUGAUGAUGCCUAUGGUGUUCCGCAGGGACGUAGUUCUCUCCCUGGAGGUGGUGGUGCCGCUGCUGUGGAUGGGAAUGCUCCAGUUGGAGCUCAAUCUGGAGCUACCGCUGUGAGGGCUGGUUAUGAUGCUUACAGAGGACCUGGACCUGCUGGUCCAGGUUAUGAUGUGCAGAGAGGACCUGGACCAACCGUUCCAGGUUAUGAUAUGCAGAGAGGACCUGGUCUUCAAAAAGGACCUGGUGCACCAGGCUAUGAUCCACAAAGAGGACCUGGUGGACCAACCUACGACUCACAGAGAGGGCCUGGUGGACCUUCCUACGAAACACAGAGAGGCCCUAAUGCACCAGGUUAUGAUACACAACGAUAUGAUGCACAAAGAGGACCUGCUGGACCUGGUUAUGAUUCAUACAGAGGACCUGGUGGAAGUGGAUUUGAUGGACAACGAGGACCUGGCGGACCUGGUUAUGACAUGCAACGUGCACCCGCUUAUGAUGCACGCAGAGGAUCCAACACCGAUGCACAGAGGGGACCCACUUACGAUGGACAGAGAGGAGCCCAGUAUGAUGCACGUGGACCUGGGUACGAGGUGCAUAGAGGAAGCAGUUUUGAGUCACCCAAAGGCCCUUCUGGACCACAAGGGCAGGCAAACAAUGCUUCUUUUGUAGCUAGUCAUGGUGGCGGUGGUUAUCAGGGAGCACAGCCGCCACCGCCACCUCCAGCAGAUGGUAACCACCCUGCACGCAGAUAAGCAGCUUGCUGUUUUGUUAAUUGAACGAAAACUUGAUUUUGUUUUUAGUCUCCAUUCGUGAUCUUUUUCGUUGAUGUUGCAAUGCAAGGCACUAUGAGAGUUGUGUUGAGGUUGCUUUCUUGGAAGUAAUUUGUCAAAUACACAACACCAUUGCAGACAGCAUCCAUUUCGGCAUAUUAUUUUGAUCAAGCUAUCUUGCACGAAAUACAAAUCAAACUUGGUUCAGAUU